ACACCAGCUCUACGAUUUAAAAAAGAAAAAGCAAGCCUGAGUGGGAACAGAAAAACCAACAGCCCACCCUCAACAAUGGCGUGGGCUUUUUGUGGCAUAUUCUGUCUUCCUCUGUGCACAGUUCACAUCUACACUUUUGUCCUUGAACUGCAGAAAUGCCUUAAUUCAAUGAGGAGGAGCAGGAUGGACGUUCUACGGCCCACCCUGAUAAAGAUCGGGGGGCGAAUAUACAGGAAGAAUCUCAUUCAAGAGCAGGCCUACCAGCAUGAGGAGGAGGAUUUCUGUGCAGGCCCCAGUGACUGCACAGAUGAACCCUGUGAUGUCUUUGUGGUGGAAGAGACUGAGAAAGGCUUCCAGUGCAGAGUGGAGGUUCCUAGCCCCUUAUACAAGUACAUCAUUGGGAAGAAAGGGGAAACCAAGAAGAGACUAGAAACAGAGACUCGAACCUCCAUCAGCAUUCCCAAGCCUGGAGUGGAAGGAGAAAUUGUGAUUACAGGGCAGCAUCGCAGCUGUGUCAUCUCUGCCCGAACACGGAUCGAUGUUCUCCUGGACAGCUUCCGUAAGAAGCAGCCCUUCACACACUUCCUGUCCUUCGCUCUCAACCAGCCCGCCAUCCAGGAGAAGUUCCUGCAGUUCAAGGAGGAAGUAUUGGAGAAAUGCUCAAAGGAUCACGGAGUCAGCAGCAGCCUGUUCCAGAACUCUGCAAAGCUUCAUCUGACUCUUGGGACACUGGUACUUCUGAACGAGCAAGAGAUCCAGAAAGCGUGUGACCUCCUACAGCGAUGCAAAGAGGACUUUGUGGACCAAAUUGCUGGAGGCAAGCCCCUGACCGUGGAGGUGGCAGGAGUGGAGUACAUGAACGAUGACCCUGCCAUGAUGGAUGUCCUUUAUGCCAAAGUCCACAUGAAGGAUGGCUCAGACAGAUUGCAGGUGAUUGCGGAUCAACUGGUGGAAAGGUUUGUGGCCUCCGGCCUGAUGCUUAAAGAAUGGGAUAGGGUGAAACUGCAUGCUACAGUCAUGAACACUCUCUUCAGGAAAGAUCCAAGUGCUGAAGAGCGAAACAAUACAAUGACUGGUAAAUCAUCUUUCAAGGAACGGGAGUCGUUUAAUGGCCGAAAUAUCCUCAAGCUCUUCGAGAACUUCUACUUUGGGGAGGUGCAGCUGGACUCGGUGCGUCUUUCUCAGAGGUUCUCCUCAGAUGCCUCUGGCUACUACGCGACGUCUGGGCAGCUGACCUUCUCCUGA